AUGCAACUCUCGUGGAUCAUCGGUGUUACUCUUCUGGUUCAGUCUGUCUUGACCAGCCCACUGCUGUCGGAAGAUCCUAGUGCACCUGUCAUGCCGGCGGGAAACCGGGUGGCCGCCGACCUUUACGACCAGGACAAGAUCAAUUACACCGUUCCCCCCAGAACCUGCAUGAAGGCGUGUCGUCGGGGCUACCCGGGCUUGUGGUGGUUCGGCGGCAAAACGUACUGCGAAAAUCAGUGCGGCGUCAACAAAGGUAGUAAAAGGGGUAGCAGAAAGGCUACAUGA